CCUAGUGUGUGUACCCAAACGCUAAUAACCCCUCAACCAACUGCAGAGCUCUCCCUGUCUUUAAUUUUUUAUCUGUAAAUAUCUGUAGAACUAUUGCGCAAAAUAUUCCAAGAUUCUCAGUCCAGAUUCCAAGCCGUGUGGCUUUCCGUGUUUUGUUCCUUUUAUGCCGCCGUCUCAUGUACUUCGCAGAGCACGAAACUGGGGCAGGGACUGGGAGGUUUCGUGACUGGGUCAUCUUUGAAUUCUAUUUGCAGUGAAAACAUCGCUUUCUUCAAUUUGUGCAACUCAUCGUUGAUCUCGAAAGUCGCCUCCUUUGCUAAAGAAUCAUAUUUUUUUCUAGAUAUAACUCAUAAUUGCAUUUUUGGCAAAUGGGCCUUCAUUGAAUCGUUUAAAUUCACACUGAAAAUGGCUAUCUUGAAUUUCUAAGUCCAUUUAGCAUGGAUCUGGAACCUGGGGUUUAUCAAAAACAUGCUAAGAGAGAGUCAUGGAAGACAUUACUGACUCUGGCUUAUCAGAGUAUUGGCGUUGUCUAUGGAGAUUUGAGUAUUUCACCUCUAUACGUUUAUAAAAACACAUUCGCUGAAGAUAUCGGACACUCGGAAACCAAUGAAGAGAUUUAUGGCGUGCUGUCCCUUGUGUUCUGGACCCUCACUUUGGUUCCUUUGCUGAAAUACGUGUUUAUUGUGCUUAGAGCUGACGAUAAUGGCGAGGGAGGAACAUUUGCUCUGUACUCGUUGCUGUGUCGACACGCCAGAGUCAGCUCACUGCCCAAUUGCCAGGUGGCAGACAAGGAGCUCUCGGAAUACAAGAAGGAAAGCAUUGGGUCGGCCCCAGAGACCGGUUAUGGGUCGAGAUUGAAGUCUACAUUGGAGAAGCACAAGGUUUUGCAAAGAUUUCUUCUUGUUCUGGCUUUGAUUGGUGCUUGCAUGGUGAUUGGAGAUGGUGUGCUCACACCAGCUAUUUCUGUUUUCUCUGCGAUAUCUGGACUCGAGCUUUCGGUGUCAAAAGAGCAUCACAAAUAUGUUGAAGUUCCAGUUGCAUGCAUCAUACUGAUAGGCUUGUUUGCUCUUCAACAUUAUGGCACCCACAGGAUUGGGUUCUUGUUUGCUCCUAUAGUUUUGACAUGGCUUUUGUGCAUUAGUGCCAUUGGGAUAUAUAACAUAUUUCAUUGGAACCCGCAUAUCUAUCAGGCAUUUUCUCCAUGUUACAUGUAUCGAUUUUUAAGGAAAACUCAAAGCAAAGGUUGGAUGUCCCUGGGUGGAAUCCUUUUGUGCAUAACAGGUUCGGAAGCCAUGUUUGCCGAUCUUGGACACUUUUCACAGUUAUCAAUCAAGAUUGCUUUCACGUCUGUGGUUUAUCCAGCUUUGAUUCUUGCAUACAUGGGGCAGGCUGCAUAUCUAUCUAAGCAUCAUUUAAUUGAGACUGUCGGAUUUUAUGUAUCUGUACCUGAGAACUUAAGAUGGCCUGUUCUGGUAAUAGCUGUACUUGCUGCAGUGGUAGGAAGCCAAGCCAUCAUCACUGGAACUUUCUCUAUCAUUAAACAAUGUUCCGCACUGGGUUGCUUCCCAAAAGUGAAAAUUGUCCACACAUCAUCCAAAGUUCAUGGAAGGAUUUACAUCCCUGAGAUCAACUGGAUCUUGAUGCUGUUAUGCUUGGCUGUUACUGUUGGUUUCAGAGACACAAAGCGCUUGGGUAAUGCAUCAGGUUUAGCAGUCAUCACUGUCAUGUUGGUCACCACCUGCUUAAUGUCUCUAAUUAUCGUCCUAUGUUGGCAUCAGAAUGUCUUCCUUGCAAUUUGCUUCGUAUUCUUUUUUGGAACAAUUGAAGCUCUCUAUUUCUCAGCUUCUAUCAUCAAGUUCCAUGAGGGAGCCUGGGUCGCUAUCGCCAUUGCGUUCAUCUUCAUGAUCAUCAUGUUCGUUUGGUACUAUGGCACUGUGAAGAAGUAUGAGUUUGAUGUGCAAAAUAAGGUCUCCAUCAACUGGCUACUUAGCCUGGGUCCCAGCCUAGGCAUUGUACGAGUCCGGGGCAUUGGCCUCAUACAUACUGAUCUGGUCUCUGGAAUCCCAGCAAUCUUUUCCCACUUUGUCACCAACCUUCCUGCCUUCCACCAGGUCUUAGUUUUUCUUUGCAUCAAAUAUGUCCCUGUCCCGCAUGUGAAGCCUGAGGAGCGGUUUCUAGUUGGCCACAUUGGCCCCAAAGAGUUCAGGCUCUACAGGUGCAUUGUAAGAUAUGGAUAUCGUGAUAUUCACAAGGAUGACACUGAGUUUGAGAAGGAUCUUGUAUGCAGUAUAGCAGAGUUCAUACGCUCCGGGAGCACUGGACCUAAGGAAACAGUUGAAGACUUGGGGAAGGAUGAAGAUAAAAUGACAGUCGUUGGGAUGUGUUCUACUCAUGCAGAUGGAAUCCAAAUAAGCGAGGAUGAUGUGAGCAAUAUAGAGUCAGCUGGUACAUCAGAACAUAGGGAGAUAAAGUCACCACCGGUGAUACAACCAAGAAAAAGGGUAAGGUUUGUCGUGCCGGAGAGCCCAAAGAUAGACGCAAGUGCCAAGGAAGAAUUGCAGGAGCUGAUGGAAGCUAGAGAAGCUGGGAUAGCUUACAUACUGGGGCACUCAUACAUGAAAGCAAAGCGAGGAUCGAGCAUGCUGAAGAAACUUGUAAUCAACUAUGGGUAUGAAUUCCUGCGGAGGAACAGCCGUGCAGAGACCUAUGCAUUUAGUCAUCCGCAUGCAUCUACUUUGGAGGUAGGGAUGGUCUACCAUGUUUGAUUUUGCUUACAAAAAUAUUGUAACGUAUAGUGUACAUUUUGUAGCAUCAUGCAAUAGUGAAGACCACCACUGUUGGAUGGUGGAUGGAAGAGCUUACACAGUUCCGAGUCUUUUUUUCACUAUACAGGUCCCCCCCACUUUUUCGUUUUUGGUUAUAGAAAGGUGGCAUAGAUUCUUAUACUAAACUUUCUCCCCUGGGGAUUUAUGAUCCUGGGGGCUUGUCAGAAUGAUAAAUUGCUCUUGGAGAAUCUUUCCAUCA